AUGUCGGCUUCGGAUGUUGCGAAAGAAAAAGAAAUGCUCAAGCGAGAUCUUUACAAAGAACUCGGAGUAGCUCGAAAUGCGUCUGAUAAAGACAUCAAAAAGGCAUACAGAAACAAGGCCAGAGAUGUGCACCCGGAUAAAAAUCCGUCUCCCGAAGCUGCCGCCAUUUUCCACAAGCUCAAGGAAGCAUUCGACUUUCUCAAAGAGCCUCAAAAUCGAGCAAAACUGGACAUGCAUCUCGACAACUGGCAAAAACAGCAGGAAAGAGCUGAAAAGAUGGACUCAGUUCUUCGCGAAAAACGAUCAGAAAUGGACAGAAGAGAAGCAGCUGCAGAAGAACGCGAGAGACUCCAGAGAAGAAAGACCGUCAAUCGAGCUGAGCAGAUAAAGCGCCUCCGGGCAGAGGGUCAAAACUUAUUGGAAAGAGCUCAAGCUCAAUACCGGCUGAGCAAGAGAAGAGUUGGCAAAACAGACGAUAUCGCACGAUUGAGAGUGAGCUGGAAUCAUGAACACUAUCAAUUCUCGGCGGAAGAGAUUAAAAAGCAUUUGGGUGCUUGUGGCUGCGUCUUGAGCACGAAGAAAAAAGGUGUCGCCGCCGUAGAGUUUUACACAAUGCAGCAAGCCGUUGCCGCCGAGUUCAAAGCAAAGCGCCUACUUCAAUGCCCUCUCGAAGUGAAAUGGCUGACUCAGCAGCCGACAAACUACGCUGAAUCGCGCGAAAAAGCACGACAAAAGACCUACUCGAGUAAAGAAAUGCGUGCUUUCGAAGCCUACCAAGAAAAUGUUCUCAAACGAUGCGAGGGUUUUCAACUCUAG